AGAGAGAGAAAAUGGGGUGAGGACAUGCCCUUGAUAUUCUCUGUUAGAGCGAGAAAGAAUUCAAGAAAUUCCAUGCCCUUAAAAAUCCUCAGAAAUACACAGUGUUAUUAUCUGCCGCUCGCGCGAAGGAAACUCAAACACGAAGGUCCGGCCGAAUAUAUCCUCGCGUCCAUCAAUCCCUCCUCCCCCACCAACUCCGCUCCUGCAACCAGGAGAACCUGUUCUCUCUUUCUCUCUCUACAUUUGUUCCCUCUUUCUCUCUCUAGGGUUUUUCUGGUCCCCCUCCACACUUCCUUUAAAUGCGAGUGCCACCACCACCACGUAGAGAAGCAAACUCCAGAGUGAGAGAGAGUUCCCUUUUCGCAGAGAAACAGAUACAGUAGUGAGAAGAUUUUUUUUAGAGAGAGAGAGGUGUUUCUUAGAGGGAGAUGGAGAAUUACUCAUUGCAUUUGGCGGUAGCAGCACUAGUAGGGGCGUCAUUUGUGGCGGUGUCUGCGUAUUAUAUGCACAAGAAGACCCUGGCUCAGCUCUUGGAGUUUGCGAGGCAGGUGGAGAAAGAGGCAGAGGUGGAGGCGGAGCGGCAGAUGCAUCAUGACAAUGAGGGGAAGAGGAGGCGGCAUGGUCGCAAGGACAUUGGUGCGUAUUGCAGGGCCUCGGCUUCGUUGCCGAAUGUAACGAUGGCGGCCCCCAAUGACAACUGCUUUGCUAUUCCACCUGGUCUCCCUCGCCUCCAUACUCUUCAGGAAGGUAAUUGGCAACCAGGUAGUCGCCCAGGUUCAACUAAAAGAUCUACAUCUGUUAUUAGACUGGCAUCCCCUAAAUCACCUGUGGCUAGUGCUAGCGCUUUUGAGAGUGUUGAGGGAUCUGAUGAAGAUGAAGAUUUGCCUAAUGGUGUUAGACCUGAAAACACGUAUCUGCAUGCAAAUGGAAAUGCUGGGCCAGAGACUAAAAGCCUAUAUCAAAAUGUACCUGAUCUAGCUAAUGCCAAAGGAGACCAAAAGGCUGUGACUGCAGCUAACAUGAUCCGUUCUCAUAGUGUAUCUGGUGACCUGCAUGGUGUUCAGCCCGAUCCUGUAGCAGCCGAUAUUUUGAGGAAAGAACCUGAACAGGAGACUUUUGUGAGAUUAAAAAUCUCACCAACUGAGGCCCCAUUGCCGGAUGAAGAGGAGGUAUACUCACUUCUCCGAGGGUGUCUUGAAUUGCGAGAAAGGUAUGUGUUCAGAGAAGCCAUUGCUCCAUGGGAGAAAGAAGAAAUAACUGACCCUAGUACACCAAGGCCAAAUCCUGAUCCAUUUGCAAUUGAACCCGAGCAGAAAACAGAUCAUUACUUUCGGAUGGAAGAUGGAGUUGUUCAUGUCUAUCCAAAUGAAGACUCUACAGAAGAAAAGCUUUUUCCUGUUUCUAAUGCCACAACCUUUUUUACUGCUCUGCAUCACAUCCUGCAUGUAAUUGCUGCGGGGAACAUACGAUCUUUAUGCCAUCGGAGAUUGGUUCUUCUGGAGCAGAAGUUCAACCUUCAUCUAAUGCUGAAUGCAGAUAGAGAAUUUCUAGCGCAGAAAAGUGCACCACAUCGUGACUUUUAUAAUGUCAGGAAAGUUGAUACACAUGUUCAUCACUCAGCAUGCAUGAACCAGAAACAUCUUUUACGGUUCAUCAAAUCAAAGUUGAGGAAAGAACCUGAUGAGGUGGUGAUAUUCCGAGAUGGGACAUAUUUGACACUAAAAGAAGUUUUUGAGAGCUUGGAUUUGACGGGGUAUGACCUUAAUGUUGAUCUGUUAGAUGUCCAUGCAGACAAGAGUACAUUCCAUCGUUUUGACAAGUUCAAUCUCAAGUAUAACCCUUGUGGGCAAAGUCGGCUGAGAGAAAUUUUCCUUAAGCAGGAUAAUCUUAUUCAAGGUCGUUUUCUUGCUGAGCUGACUAAGCAAGUUUUUUCAGAUCUUGCUGCUAGUAAAUACCAGAUGGCAGAGUACAGGAUAUCAAUAUACGGGAGAAAACAAAGUGAGUGGGACCAACUCGCAAGUUGGAUUGUGAAUAAUGAAUUAUACAGCGAGAAUGUUGUUUGGUUAAUUCAGCUUCCUCGCCUGUAUAAUAUAUACAAGGAAAUGGGUAUCGUUACAUCAUUUCAGAAUAUUCUAGACAAUAUAUUCCUCCCCCUUUUCGAAGUCACAGUAGAUCCAGAUUCACAUCCUCAGUUGCAUGUAUUUUUGAAACAGGUUGUCGGUUUAGAUUUGGUGGAUGAUGAAAGCAAACCCGAAAGACGUCCAACAAAGCACAUGCCUACUCCAGCCCAAUGGACUAAUAUAUUUAAUCCUGCCUACUCAUACUAUGUGUACUAUUGUUAUGCAAACCUUUACACCCUCAAUAAGCUUCGUGAAUCUAAGGGAAUGACAACCAUCAAAUUUCGGCCACAUUCAGGAGAGGCUGGUGACAUUGACCACUUGGCUGCAACAUUUCUUACUGCUCACAAUAUAGCUCAUGGAAUUAAUCUCCGAAAAUCUCCUGUUCUGCAGUACUUGUAUUACCUUGCUCAGAUUGGUUUGGCCAUGUCUCCCCAAAGCAACAACUCAUUGUUUCUUGAUUAUCAUCGGAAUCCUUUUCCAAUAUUUUUUCUUCGCGGUCUCAAUGUUUCUCUCUCCACUGAUGAUCCUUUACAAAUUCAUUUAACAAAAGAACCUCUGGUGGAGGAGUACAGUAUAGCAGCUUCGGUGUGGAAGCUCAGUUCAUGUGAUUUGUGUGAGAUUGCCCGAAACUCGGUCUAUCAAUCUGGUUUUUCACAUGCUCUGAAGUCACAUUGGAUUGGGAAUAAAUACUAUAUAAGAGGUCCAGAUGGGAAUGACGUCCGGAAGACAAAUGUGCCUCACAUACGAGUUGAAUUCCGUGACACGAUUUGGCGAGAAGAGAUGCAGCAAGUUUAUCUGGGUAGGGCUAAUAUCCCUGAAGAAAUAGAUAAUUGAGGUGCACGCGGAGGAAAAUUAUAUCAUUACUUUUUGGCAACCAUAUUUCCAAGAGUGGCGAUCUAGUGGGUAUUUGCCCAUGAAGCCGCUGUCAUGGGCUUGCAGAGUGCGAAAUUUUGGAAGGGUGCAAAGAAGCAAGUGGAUGUAGAUGUAUACUACAAAUUAGUAGCUAUACGGAAAAGAGUACUUGUAUGUGGGAAAUGUAACAUACAACUUCCCACACCUGGAGAAGAUAUGGUAGGUUUAUUAUGUCCUCCUAAAGACAAAACAGUAUCAAUGUCAAGAGUAAUUGUUGCAUUCUUUUGACCAUACAUAUUCCUUUUGGUGUAACAGAACGUGAAGUUGACUUUUGAUGCGGCGAGUAAUAAAUAAAAUAACAUAAAUUAUUGCGGAUGUACAUAAG